UUCUUUUUUUUCAAGAAGCAGUGAGUAAUCAGUAUCUGUUUAUUCUUUAUAGAUGCUUGCAAUUCCCACCAUAAUUACCCUGAGUUAUAAAAAAAGCUUUAAAUGCUUUAAUUUAAGAGUUUUUAUGUGUACCUUAUGCUUGCAAUGUGUGUUCUGGGCUGGGGUGCAGUGCUUCUUGUGGCAGCAUCGUUUGCUCUUUGCCCCAAGCUCAUUUUUUGAUUUUUAAAAAGCUCACGUUCUCUUCCGUGUAAGAUGUAAAAUACAUCACUGGAAGGCAUACUUUGGAGCCAGUUUGCCACUGUUCACCAGCACAGCGGUUUUCCUACAAGGAAUUCAAGAUCAUGAGAUACAUUUUAGAUUAUUAUUUCCAUCUAAAAAAACUUUUAAAUAUUAUUCAUGGAAGGAACUUUACAGAGACCCUGGAAAAACAACAAAAUAUGCGGUUUGCAGUUAGUAGGAGGAAGCUGAACGUGUGGUUUGAUUUGUUUAUGUGAUGAGGCUGUGAUUCUUCUGGGGUCCAAAGUAUUUUCACACAAUCUGGUGCCACGUGAAGAUUUGUACCUCUACAGGGAAUGUUUUUUUUAUUUUACAUGCCAGUUUGUGUAAAUCUGAUGAACUGCUGAGAGGCUCCUUGACUCUGGUAACAUUUGCUCACAUUUUCGAAUUGCAAUGCUUGAUGCAAAUGAGACUUGGCAAUGGUUGCAGUAUUGUAGUGCACAAGCCAUGAUAAAAUACAUGAGUGCAUGCAUUAACUCCUGUCUUAGUCAUACCAAAACUCUUUGAAAAAAUUGGUAUUGAUUGAGCAAGUGCAUUUUUGUUUGUUUUUUUUGGGGGGGUUGUGUUUGUUUGUUUAUUUUGGUUUCUGUGUUUUGGGUUUUUCUGUUUUUGCUUGAUUUUGUUUCAGUUUUGGUUUUGGUUGGGUUUUGUUUGGUUUUAUUCUUUGUUUAUUCUUGUUUGUGUUUUUAUUUGUUAUUAAAUCUCCCUCCCUUGCUCUCCCCAUCUCCCCAGUGAAAUUUGGGGGUGGAAGAGGAGGACUCAGAGAGGUGCAGUCCAAUGGAAUGUGUGGAGGGGCUGUUUUUCUCACAGAAAGCAGCUUAGAUUUUCCUGGUGUAACAUUGCCCUUCAUGCACAACAGUGGCUUUGUUACAACUGAGACUGCCAGCAAAUGCCAGGUGACAAAAGAUGAUAGGAAGACACACUAACAGUUUUUUAUUUUUCUUUUUCCCCUCAAACAGGAAUCCAGAAUGCUUAAACUGAAUUUAUCAUUCAUCCUGCAACGAGCCUAAAACGCCUCUCCACAGAACUUUAUGUCUGAGGACUCUGUUUCUGGGUGAAGGAUGCAGACUAUAAAGUGCGUGGUGGUCGGAGAUGGCGCGGUGGGAAAAACUUGUCUGCUCAUCAGCUACACCACCAACGCCUUCCCAGAGGAGUACAUCCCCACUGUGUUUGACAACUACAGUGCCCAGAUGACCGUGGAUGGCCGGACAGUCAGCCUGAACCUCUGGGACACUGCGGGCCAGGAGGAGUAUGACCGCCUGCGCACGCUCUCCUACCCCCAGACCAACGUCUUCAUCAUCUGCUUCUCCAUCGGCAGCCCCUCGUCCUACGCCAACGUCAGGCACAAAUGGCACCCUGAGGUUUCUCACCACUGCCCCAACGUCCCCAUUCUCCUGGUGGGCACCAAGAGAGACUUGAGGAGUGACCUGGAAACGGUUAAAAAGUUGAAAGAGCAGAGCUUGGCUCCCACCACCCCACAGCAGGGGACUUCUCUGGCCAAACAAAUUGGAGCAGUCAAAUAUUUGGAGUGCUCGGCGUUGAAUCAGGAGGGUGUUCGGGAGGUGUUUGCUGAAGCUGUCCGUGCAGUUCUGUAUCCUGUGACAAAGAAGAACACAAGGAAAUGUGUCCUAUUGUAGUUGCCUUGGGUGAUGGAUGUUGGGAGUUGACUAGAAUCUUGGAGGGCUUUUUAACGAGUUAAAUUGAAGAUUUGCAUCUUGCACUAACAGCUCUAAGCAGAAAUGGUUUAUACAAUGAAUCUUCUUGCAGUCUUACUGCUUCAGGGAAACUGAAACGGAACAGAUUGGUUUUUUUUCCAACUGAGAGGUCAAAUACCUACUCUAUUUCUAAAGUUCCAGGCUCCAGCUUCUCCAGGGAUCACUUGAUUAUUUUAGUGGAGGAAAAUAAAAGAGGAGACCUCUUUGAAGCCACUUCUUUACUAGAUAGCCAUCAGUUACUAGAUUUGCAGAAAAGCACGAAUCCUGAUAACUUUGCUUUAAGUGUAGCUGCUGCUUUUCCCAUCCUUUAUUCACUGAUUGAAUUUGUUAUACAAACAGAAGUUUGGCUGUCCAGUUGUCUUGUCAAUUUAAAGCUUGAAAACAAUUUGUUUACUUGCAAAAAUGCCUGAACUGAGAUUCACCUUGUAGUGAACUGUGAUUGAUUGUAUGAAGAGUUAGCAUUAGGCAUGGUUAAUACAAUGAGCAAGACCAAGGGAAUACCUGCAAUGAUUUAUUAAUAGAAGCAGGAGCUGAUUUCUCCUUAUGUAAGGAACUUAGAAUAAUGAUGACUCACUCAAAUGAGUGAUUUUCAUAGUUUUGAGGUGGCGAAGUGGAAGAGUAGUUUAGAUUCAAGUCUUCCGUAAUCUUCUAAACUGAGAUUUUAUUUCACUGUCCAAAGAGACUUUGCACCCUGAGAAUAAAGUUCUAACAAUUGCCUUCUCAGGCUGACUGAGGUAUUUGGGAUGACACUUCUCAAAAUGAGAUUUUCAGUGUAAUCCCUUUGAUGAAUCCCAGAGACUUGACAGCAGCCUGUUUGCUUUUGAGGAAUGAAUUGCUUCAAUUCCUAACAUUCUCGGGGCCACCAUCUCAGAUUUUUAUGGCAAAUUCCUUAGUUGUUUUUCUGUGAGAAGGCUGACAGAAAAUUUAGAGGUUCUGUUUACAGGAACCCCUGCUUCUUCCUGUUUUCAGUUCAGUCUGUAAUGGUUAGCCAGUCACUGGAUAGGAUUACCUGGGUGGGUUUUUUCCUCUCCUGGAUGCUCAGUUCUUAUGAACUCUUUUUAACUGAACUUCUAUUUACAUACUUUUUAACCUUCUUUAGCAGCUCUAGUAAGUGGCAGCUGGCUUUUAUUUUCAGGAUGUGCACUGUUCUUUAUGUGUGGUUCCGGGACCAGCUGAGGAGUGAGCGCAGAGCCCUUCCUUAGACUCAACCUUCCAGCUCCGUGGUAUGAAAGCAGCAUGCUUCAAAGAUACUUUGUGUGAAACCACUGGUGCUGGACUGGGCUUUGUUGUCUGAAGUUGACAGUGCUGUCUUUGUCUGGCUGCAGCCUCAAUUGGUCAUUCAGAACUUGCUUUUUUCUUGUGAUUCCCACACAUGCGAAACUGCACUGGUGUAUACCCUGGUCAGGAAAAAAAAAAAAAAGUGCCUCAUUUUAGCAGGAUAACAGAAAAUACAUCAACAAGGGUAUUAGGGAUCUUGUGUUAAUUUGACCUUGCUUUAUCUGAUGCUGGCAAAAAUACCAGGUGGAUGGAAAUGUUGGUAUUUGUGCCUUAAUUCCACUAUUUGGAUAGAAAUGAUGGUAUUUGUGCCCUAAUUCCACUGUUUGGAUAGAAAUGUUGGUAUUUGUGCUCUAUUCCACUAUUUGAAGAGGAUGUGCCUUUCUUCAGCUGGUGUAACUGAUGCUGAUGCUAACUGCAGUUUUUUUAAUCUGACACGUGCUCAUUUUGGUGCUGCUUUAGCCAAUUGCAACCCACAGAUUACAAACUGCAGUUAAUCCAAAUACUGGUGCCUGUGGUCAGUGAACCAGCACAGAGUUCCAAACUGAGCACAGGCAGUACCAAAACACCCUUUCUGCAGGAUGUUUGCAGAAGCCUACACACUCUGCACAUUUUUCUUCACCAAGUGCCAUUGCCUGGAGUGCUUUGUGUCCCUUGCACUUGCAGAGGAAGUGCUGUUCCAGAUGUGGUUCCUGCCCUGAAGGCUGUGAGGGUGUAGAGAAUUCACUGAGAUAACCUCUACUCACCACCUUCUGCCUUUGCUUUAGCUGUAGGCCUGUAGUGUGGGCUGGGCUUGCAGGCAGCAAUUAACUCUGUGCCUUGUAAUUCAAGAUUAUUUUCUGUAGGUAAAUUUCAGUAACUGAGUAAAUAGACUUUAUCAUGUUUAAAAUGUAUUUAUUUAAGCCAGUGCACGUGGUUUGUUUUAAUGCUGGUCAGACCUAAAUCAACUGUCUAGUGACCCUGGUGCAAGCCCAUAACCUUUGCUUUAUUCAGAAAUGUACUUUUAAAAGUCUGUGAUACGUUUGAACUAGUCUUAAGAGGUGCCUGAAAUUAAAAGUCUACCUUUUUUUUUUUUUUUUUUUUUUUUUUGGCUACAUGUAUUUGCAGUUUUGUACUGAAGCUACUACUGUUUUUAAAAUUUUUUACUUUUUUUACAUACUGAAAUCUUUUAAUCCUGUGCCUUUUUGUGGUUAUUCCUAACUGAAUUACAUGCAUUUUGUGGAGAUGAAAUCUUGUGAGCAAGUAUUAUUGCACAACCCCUCCAUUUCUGUAGGCUCAAGCAGCCAUCCUGGAGUGAACUGGAAGAGAGUGUAGCGAGAUAAAAUUCAACUACUUAAUCAAUUUAUUUGAUUUGGUUACACUGUUGAUUACAUUAUACCAGAACACCUUAUCCCCACUUAGAUUACUUAGCAAAUGGAUUGCACAACAGUGCUGAGGAGAAUAACAUAAUAGUGAUAAAAAUGAGCAGAGGGAACUUUGAACCAUCAAAGACUUUUUACUCACUUUGGAGAACCUGGUUAUUUAAAUGCUUUGUAUUUCUGUCACCCUCUGAUGGGAAUAAAAGUCCUGGCUAGCAGCUGGUUUCCUCCAGCCUCUGCUUUCCAUGAGGGUGAGGUUCAGGACAAAUCCAGAGAGCUUUUCCUUUCAGUGGGCAUUCUCCCUUCUUGAUCCUUUUUCCUUUUUUUCCUCCCCUGGAAUCCUUGGUCCUUUUUUUGUAAGUAAUCCAGUGCUUCAGUUUACAAUCAGUUCUGUUUCUUCCAUGCUUUAUUUUUCUUCUGUGGGCAGUUGAAAAAUACAGACUUCAGAUAAUCCCAUGGCUGGAUUUUGUCUUGUUUUGGGAGGUCAGAAAACUCAGUGUUGGUUUCCUGAUUGGUUCAAGGUCCUUUGGUUUGUUUCUGAAUAGAGAUGCAAUGUGUAUGUCUUAAUUCACAGAAGACACUCACUGUGAAGACACAGAUUUUAACCUUUGCUUUGUAAAUGAUUUCUGAACUACUUGGUGUUUUUUUUUUUUAAAUACAGCUGAAGCUGAGCAGUUCAGGAAUUGUGUGUCCAAAGGAUAUCCAUGAGCUGUGCUUAGAUUUGGAAGUGCUUUCUUCAGUUUACAGCUGUAGCUAUUUCUAUGAAAUUUAAAGCAGAAGAACCUCCCUGUGCUUUGUCUCCGGGUGCUAAACCUCACUCUGUAGAACCCUUGGUGCUGCUUGGGCUGACCCAAGAAGUGGAUGGAGCUCAGAGGGGUCCCAACCCCAGAGUGGGCAGCAAGGACCACCCAUCAGCAUGGGAGCCCAAGACUCUGAAGCGUGGUACUGAUACAUACACUGGCAACUUGAUUUUAUGCUAUAAAAUAAUUUGUAUUACAUCUAACAGUUUUAAAGGAUUUUUUUUUCCUCCUUUUUUAUUUUAUAAAUUAUGCAUAAUGACAUUGUAAUAAACCUUUCCUCACCUCUCUGGCUGUCGCAUUAACUCGCCCUGCUGUUUGUACCGCCCCUGUGCUGAAGGCAGCUCUUUCCUGUGGAAAGCCAGGCCCGGUUCUUUGAGGCAAUAAAAGGAAUUUUUGGCAA